AUGACGGUACGCCUCAAAGUCGCGCGGUUCGGUGGUGUAAGAGAUUUAAGACCACUAGGGCACCCAGGCCCGUACAACAAUUCUACAAAUCGGCUCCUCGCCGGACUGUAUGAGCACCGAGGGUUGAGAUCCUUUCAGGCCCGUACAACAAUUCUACAAAUCGGCUCCUCGCCGGACUGUAUGAGCACUGAGGUUCUGGUGGCUGGACAAGUUCUUACAGGCGUCUACGACCCAGCCAGGCGACAUCUUACUGUUCCGUGCACAGUGUCUAGCAAGCUCUACGACCAACCAGAAGCCGUAAAAGCCCUCGUAUGCCGCUGCUACACCAUCGUAGGAGCUGCGACUGAGUUCGUCGCGCUGCUUGCCGCCGAAGGUGGAGCGACGAUAUUGUUGCCCAGAGAGGGUGCUUCUAACGCGAGUGAGAUCCGCGUCCGUGCGGAUACCGCGGACGACGAAGUGGCUGUCACCGCGGAAAACUCCGUUGCUUUUGCACAUGGCCCGGACCCCUACAUCGCUCUGCAAGAUGCUGUCCGAUUGCUGGCCAAAAAAGCAGGUGCCCAGUUCAAGGACGUCCAGGCUUACGUCCUGCCAGUGCUGGACGCUGCAAACCGGCUGAGGUUCGACGCGCCACUGGCUCCUUUGAAAUCCUCUGCAAUGCUUUCAAGCUCUGCGUCCCUCACAGCAAUGCUGGAGCAGCAGCUGCACGAGGGUAUCCUGGUGCAGGCGGGGCCCGGGUGCCCUGCGAAGCCGCUGCUGCAGGCGCCUUGUCUACGCGUCUGCCAAGGGUUGGGUCUACGCUACUCCGGCAUGAGCGUGGUUUACGGCACUGCCACUGGGCAGGUCCUGGCGGUGAUGGAGACGGCGGCGGCGCUGAAAAUGGCUCCUGUGGGCGGACUCCGUCCCUGGGGAUCGACCGUCUCGCUUGGUCGCCUCUGCAGCGGCGCUGACUCGCCGUCGGCUGUCUCAGCGGGCGCUUCAGCAGCCACAUCGACCACCCCGUCCCCCAACCUGUCACGCGCUAACAGCAGUCACGGCGAUGCAGCGGUUGUGGACGCACUCGAGUCGCUGACCAUCAACCCGCCGGUUGCAAGUACGCCGCGCCCAACGACGUUGGUGCUGUCUGGUCGCAGCAUAACCGCUGCGCCGAUUAUCAAUGUGCAGGCGGCGGCACCGCUUGCGUCUGGGAACUGUAACGAUGGCAGCCGUGCUGGUGGUCUCGUGGCUAGUUCAACCACACCGACUGGUGCCCCUGCACAAGUCCUUGCGAGCUUUGCGUUGCUGGGGUUCAAGACGGCGGGCGGCCGCAUAGCCGCCGUGCAACGCUGCCGCAUCAUGCCAGCUGCCGCCGUCCUGUCUACCUUGGCUCGUCCUGAUGAAACCGCUGCCGCCACAGCCAGCGUCCUUGGUCUUGGUAUUGUCAUUCAGGUGGAAGUUUCCAGCACUACCUCGGGCGCGCUGCUGCUGUUCAUCGAGGGUUCUGAAGCGGAUGAGUUUGAUGCGGAGGUCCCGGCGGCUGGACCUGUGCGGCGUGUGCUAUCGCAGGGUAAAGAGGCGCGCUGGCGCUACAACGCAGGCAGCAUCCUGUGUGUGGAGCUGCCUGCGGUGUCAGGUGCCCAGCGUGAGGUACAGAUCUUUCUGUAA